AAAAUAAUAUCGAGCAAGCACUUUAACCUCAAAAAAAUAUCCCUAAAUCAUUAUAAAAAGAGGACCCUUAUUAGAUACCAAGUCAGAAGGUUUCUUGACAUUUACUUUACAGCUGUAUGCUAUAUUAACCCUCUAUCCAAAGCGAGCCAAAGAUAAGGAUGAAGCUUGCCAUUAUUUUACUUGUACUUGGUUUUGUUGGACUUUCCAUCGUGCCUAGCGACAUUGAUGCUCUCAGUUGCAGCUCAACGAGGCUGAUUCGUCGUGUCUACGUCGUUCGGCGCAGCCUGCGUAUAUAUAAUGCGUUCAAUAUCCUUAGAGUCUGUCAUCUUGCUCAUUCUGGUCUCAUUCUUGAGAUGGAAGAUGGUAAACAGUGUGUGUUGGAGUAUAUGGGUGAUGGAAAGAGCCAUCUUUAUGACGCUAGACCGAGCCGUACUACAAACUGUUGGUUUGGCAGAAAGUGUAAGAAGUUGGUAAUGAAAGACGACCAGGGUCAGACAUACACCUGGACUCGACAAAAGACAGGAACCCCUCUACCUAGGUUGCGCAGAGUCACACCACAAGCAGCCCAAAGUAAAAUGAAAAACCUUAUGGGAAGUACCUAUAAUCUAUUGAAUAACAACUGUCAUUUGGCCCAGGAAAAAUUACGCAGGUCGUGGGGUCUAAAAGUAAAACAGUCCUACUCUGAUCCCAGAACCAUCUGCACGUGCAUAAAAUGGGUUCCCAAAAGCACAGGUUUUGUUGGUUUGAUUAAGGCGUACUGCCUAACCCAGAACAUUUAGUUUAAGGUGGCAGCAACUUUGAAGCAAAGCUUAUAAUUGACCUUUUCGGCGCUAGCCGUCACGUAGUAUAAAUCGUGUUGGAUUGUGUUACGUCACCAAAAAGUUUGAUUAUUGUUCGAAUGUACUGGCUUUUGAACAAAUUGUUUUCUUGGUUUGUUUAUCUGUUUCUCUAAAUAGCAGUAUAAGAAAAACUUCAAACAAUUUAGAAAAAUUAUAUGUUGCUUGUAUUUGGUGAGCUAACUAAACAAAUCAAGUAAAUAAUUUGUCUAAAUCAUCGUUUCCGAUGAACUGMGGCCUUUAGGUUUGUGACGUCACACUCGCUCAACAACUAGAAAGAAAGGUAAUAAACGAACGUCGGCGUGACAGUUAACUGCCUCAAAAUUUCUAAAACCGUGAGACCCUGUAAAGAUCAAUCACACUCAGCUCUAGGAUAACUGAAAGGCAUUUCGAUAGUAACUUUCUUGUGAGUUGUUUAGCGAGCGAUGAAGUCACUUGCGAUUGACGUCCAUAAUAGCCAUUAGUAUUCAAUGUCCAGAGGCCGUAGCUCACUGGAAACGGCGCGGGUAUCGUAAUAACUAAUUUAGUUGAAUGUACAAUGGUAGCAGGAGAUAAUUACAAGGGGAAUCCAUCCCCCAAUAAAAACUAGGUCCAUCACAGGCAGCAAGCAAUACAUUUGUAGUGUGUACGAAGGGAUUUGUAGUAAAUGUAUAGGACGAAAACAUAUGUAUUUUUCGUUUAAAUAAAUUUCAACUAAUCUUG